AGUGAUGAGUUCGCACUCGUUCGCGCCUGGCUCAUCCGCCCUGGCGGUUCUUGCAUGCUUCCUGAGUGUUGCUGUGAUCUGCAAUGGAGGAACGACGAGUCCUUUCGUUAGGAAAAUUUGGCCGUCCGUGGACAUGCCUUUUGACAGUGAUGUCUUUGCUGCGCCUACCGGACAUAAUGCGCCCCAACAGGUUCACAUAACGCAAGGAGAUCACGUUGGCAAGGGAGUGAUCGUGUCGUGGGUGACUCCUCAUGAACCCGGCUCCAACAAAGUGCAUUACUGGAGCGAAAAGACCGGGAGGAAGAAGCACUCGGAGAACACUGUUGUCAAAACUUACAAGUACUACAACUACACUUCUGGUUACAUUCACCAUUGCACCAUCAAAGAUUUAGAGCCUGAUACGAAGUAUCACUACGUAGUCGGGUCUGGACACGUCCGGCGACAAUUCUGGUUUGUGACCCCUCCUGAAGUUGGCCCUGAUGUCCCGUACACUUUCGGUCUGAUCGGCGAUCUAGGUCAGACGCUUGAUUCGAAUGUGACCCUGACUCAUUAUCAGCAAAACCCGUACAAUCCAAAGUCAGUGUUGUUUGUCGGGGACCUGUCCUAUGCAGAUGAUCAUCCGCUGCACAACAAUUUGAGGUGGGACAGUUGGGGGAGGUUCGUCGAGAGAAGCGUGGCAUAUCAGCAUUGGAUCUGGGUUUCAGGAAAUCAUGAGAUUGAUUAUUGCCCUGAAAUUGGGGAAUAUACGCCAUUCAAACCGUAUUUGCACCGGUACGAAAUCCCAUACAGGGAGUCAAACAGCACCAGCCCUUUGUGGUACUCAAUAAAGAGAGCUUCUGCUUAUAUCAUAGUACUGUCUUCCUAUUCGGCAUAUGCUAUAUACACUCCUCAGUACGUAUGGCUUCAAGAAGAGCUGCCAAAAGUGAACCGGAGCGAGACGCCGUGGCUGAUCGUUCUCAUGCACACUCCAUGGUACAACAGCUACAAUUACCACUACAUGGAAGGAGAAUCCAUGAGAGUAGUUUUCGAGCCAUGGCUUGUUCAGUACAAGGUCGACGUCGUGUUUGCUGGUCAUGUGCACGCUUAUGAAAGAUCUGAACGCAUAUCGAACGUAGCAUACAACAUUACAAAUGGUCUGGCUACUCCCGUGUCUGAUCCGAACGCACCUGUCUACAUAACCAUUGGUGACGGAGGGAACAUAGAAGGCUUAGCUAAAAACAUGACAGAGCCACAGCCAGAGUACUCUGCUUUCCGCGAAGCAAGUUUCGGGCACGCCAUCUUUGACAUCAAGAACCGAACGCAUGCAUACUACAGCUGGAACCGCAACAAUGAUGGAAUUGCUGCAGAGGCCGAUUCUUUGUGGUUCCGCAACCGAUAUUGGGAUCCGGUCAAGGAAUCGAGCUGAUCUCCAUUCCGGGUUGGAUUGCCUUCUUAUGAUUGGAGUCACAUGGCGUCAAUUCCCCUAAAUAUUUGUUCAGCUCUCUCAUAUGUGAAUCACCAUCUCUUCCCGGCUAGCAUUUGUUAAGACUAAUCAGAGUGCUUUUUUCUCUAGUUAUUCAGAUUCCUAGUUUUU